CUUUUGGAUUAAAUAUAAUAAAGAUGAAUUUACCCGUUUUUACAAUUUGCCAAAUUAUUUUUCCAGCGACAAUAAUGUGUUAAUAUCCAAUGUCAUACAGGACGUACACUACGGCAUAAAUUUGUUUGAAAUGGCACUUCACGCUCGUGCUGUAAGAUUUAGUUUACAGAGGAUUUGUUUGGCACCUGUGUCGUUUCAAUGCAUCACAAACGCCACAUGUCGUUUGCAUUUGGAAUAUGGUUUGUCAGGAUCAAACAAUGGCUCUAAACGUACCCCAAAUAUACGAUGUUUUAACUCCAAAAAUGAAAAAGUUAUCGAUCUCAGUUAUACAGACAUUGAUCCAGUGUAUAUACCUGUUAAGAAAGAAAUAGUUGAUGAACAAGAUUUAUAUGAAGAAGAUCAACAUUCAAUCAAUUCUGAAAUUGUUAUUAAAUGUAAACGAAAAAUUUUAAAUCAUGAGAGGAAUCAGAAGUAUGAUAAAUUUAAAGAAAUUCCUUUGGCAUCAAAAGGAUGGAAGAACAAGAAGUCUAAAGAUGAUUUUUUUACUAUUCAUAUUUAUAAUGAUGAUUAUUUACCUCAAAGUAGAAAGACUUUAUAUGAGUUUAAAAAUACAGGACUAUCACAAUCUAUUCUUCAUAUUUUAAAACAACGUGGAAUCACUAUUCCUUCACAAAUUCAAGCACUUGGAAUUCCAUCGAUACUGAAAGGAAAAAACACUUUGCUUGCAGCUGAAACAGGUUGUGGUAAAACAUUGGCAUACUUGAUACCAAUAAUUCAACAAAUAUUAACUUAUAAAGAAAAAGUAAAAUUUAAAAAUCAGUUCAACAGCCCUUUAGCCUUAGUUAUCGUACCUGGCAGAGAAUUAGCUGAUCAAAUAGGAGAAGUUGCCAAUUGGUUUACUGAAGAUUUACCAUUGAAUGUAAAGGUAAUUACUGGAGGUCACACUAAAAGGCUGAUAGUUAAUCCAGUAUUUGAGGAAAAUGAUAUAAUUGUUGCUACAUUAGGGGCACUAAGCAAAUUAACUAACACUGGUAUAUAUUCAAUGCGUUAUGUACGCCAUGUUGUACUAGAUGAAGCAGACACUCUAAUGGAUGAUAGUUUCAAUGAAUUGAUGACUCGUUUUUUGUCUAGAUUCCAAUUUAAAAGUCAUAGUGAAAAUUGUAAUUUGACUCAAUUGUUGUUGGUUAGUGCCACUAUGCCAACAAGCCUGUCCGAUAUAUUGGGUGAUAUAAUUGAUAUGGACAAUUUGAACAAGAUAAAAACAGACAAAUUACAUGCAAUUCUUCCUCAUGUUCAACAAAAAUUUAUCAGAAUUAACUUGGGUGAAAAACCAUCUAAUUUAUUGUUACAUGCAAAAAAACUUUCUAAAAGCAAUACUCCAACAAUCAUAUUUUGUAAUAAAUCAAGUACCUGUGAUUGGGCUACUAUGUUUUUAAAUGAAAAUGGCAUUGAGGCAGUAAACUUGCAUGGUGAUAUGCCAUAUGAAAUUAGAUUAGGCAAAUUCAAAAAAUACCAAGAUGGCAUAGUAAAUAUUAUGGUUAGCACAGAUGUGGGAUCCAGAGGAUUAAAUACAAUUAGAACUAAGCAUAUUAUAAACUACGAUUUCCCUUCCUAUAUUGCUGAUUAUAUUCAUCGUUGUGGGCGUACUGGACGUUUAAAUGCUGGUAACGAUGGCAAAGUUACAAAUUAUAUCAGUACAAACAAUGAUUGUGAAUUAGUUCAAAAAAUUGAAUUAGCUGCACGUACUAUGAAAUCUUUACCAAACGUCAAUGGAAAUAUAACUAAAAUAAGAAGAUUCCACAUAUUGAAUGAACUGGAAAAUAGAGCAGCUAAAAAAUUAGAUUAAUAUUUACUAUUUGUUUUUAUUGCAUUAUAAAUGUGUUCAUAUUUAUAAAAUAGUGAUUAAAUGUAUUAUUGAUGUCAUUAUAUCAAUGUAUUGUAAUACUUA